CUGCUUUCCACAAAUAAAACUCAAAUCGCAAGCUUAGAUCUGUCUUAACUCCAUUAAUCUAAACCAUUUAUGUUUAUUUUCUCUCUGCUUUUUCCAAUUCUAAAUCUGGUAAUUUUCUUUCAUCAGUCUCUCUCAAAUCUCUUCAUCAAACUCUUUUCCCAAUCCAAAAAUCUAGAGGCCCCUUCCAAUUUCUUCCCCACAAUGCUCCAUCUCAACUCCAUCUUCUUCUUCUUCUUCCUUUUCUUUUUGUUUUCUGUAACCAUCUUGGCAAACCAGAAAAAAACAGAGAACCUGAGUUAAAGAAAUGAACCGAAUUUCCCAUUUUCAAGUCUUGUAAGUUUCCACCCAGAUCUUCAUCUUUGAAACAAGUUCAAAGUCUGAUGAAAUGACAAACACCCACUUGCUAAAACUACUUCUUAUACUGACUCCUGCAAUUUUCUUGCUCAUUCUCGCCGCUACCAUCUUCUUCUACCGCAGAAGGAAAGUUCAAAACGGUGAGUACGACAUAGAAAACAGAGAGCAGAAACAUGAAGAAGACACGGAAAAAGAGGACCUGGUUACUUUCCUUGGAGGUGAAGACCUUACAAUCUGUGACAUUCUUGAUGCUCCUGGUGAAGUAAUAGGGAAAUCCAACUACGGGACUUUGUACAAAGCGUUGUUGCAGAGGAGCAACAGUGUGAAAUUGCUCAGGUUCUUGCGGCCUGUUUGUGCGGCAAGAGUUGAAGAGUUUGGUGAGUUGAUUGAGUUGCUGGGAAGCGCUAGGCAUCCGAAUUUGGUGCCUCUUCUCGGUUAUUAUGCAGGCUCAAGAGGAGAGAAGCUUCUUGUUUAUCCAUUUUAUUCGCGGGGAAAUCUGGCUCAGUUCAUUAGAGAUGGAAAUGGUGAGUCGCAUAAAUGGACAAUCAUUUACAGGAUCUCUAUGGGCAUAGCCAAAGGACUAGAGCAUCUUCAUACAGGAUUGCAGAAGCCCAUAAUUCAUGGGAACCUCAAGUCAAAAAAUGUAUUUUUGGAUCGAAACCAUGAGCCAUGUAUAUCCGAUUUCGGAUUGCAUAUCCUCUUGAAUCCCACAGCUGCACAGGAAAUGCUGGAAACAAUGGCAGCUGAGGGCUACAAAGCUCCUGAGCUGAUCAAAAUGAAGGAUGUAAGUGAAGAGACUGACAUAUACAGUCUUGGAGUAAUCUUGCUUGAACUGCUGUCAGGGAAGGAACCAAUUAAUGAGAAUCCAACUCCUGAUGAAGAUUUCUACCUCCCAAACUUCAUGAGAAAUGCAGUUCUAGGUCAUAGAGUCUCGGAUUUAUACCAUCCAGACAUACUGCUGAGUAACAAUAAGAGUGACGAAUUUGAGAAUCCGGUAAUGGAAGAUUGCAUUUUGAAAUUGUUUCAGCUUGCAAUGACAUGUUGCUCUCCUUCUCCUUCUCUCAGACCCCACAUUAAGCAAGUUCGCAGGAAACUUGAAGAGAUCGGGAAUAGGUGUUGGUUGGUAGCAGAACAUUUUGCUUGAUUGCUUCAAAGCCAACUUUUUCUACAUGUCAAAA